CUUUCAGCUGCUCUCUGCUGCCCUCCCACCCGCAACAGCUCAGGAUCCAGUUGCAGGUUAGUUUUCACCCAGCAAGGAGCAACAUCAAGAGGCUCAAACUUGUCUGGAAAGGGUCGGAUAUGGCCGCAGAAAACAACCUUAGCUAAAGCAAAAUCUAUCCUAAAGAACCUUAACCACCGUUUCAAUAAAUAAUUUUAUACAAUGGAUAAAGGACACAAAGUUUGUGUUAACAACUGACACUGACUUAACUUUAAAGAACAGAACCAGAAAUUUGGAAGAUUCACCGUAUGAACUGAAGCUGUGAUCAUGUUGAGCCAUUAGACACUAGGAAAGCAGUGGAAAGCUGAGGACACAGCAAGUGGCUUCAGUCAUCAUGAUCGACCUGAGUUUCCUGACGGAGGAGGAGCAGGAGGCCAUCCUGGCUGUGUUGAGAAGAGAUGCUGAGCUAAAGAAGGCUGAGGAACAGCGAGUCCAGAAUCUACAGAAGACUGUGAUUGACAAGGACAAGCUGCGGUAUAUGACUGGGGAAUGGUUCUACGAGACCAAGCAGCUUCGUCAUCAGGAUCGCAUCCAUGGCUCCGAGAUCAUCAGAGCCUCCAUGAGACACUCACAUAAACCCCUGACCACAUUGGAGCUCUCCCACAAAUGGCCUGAGAAGCCCAGUUAUGUCAGCAAUGAAAAUAAAGACAAGUUCGUCCUACCUGUACUCUGUGGAGUCCUUCAAGAGCCUGAAUAUCAAAACCAGAAGUCAUAUGAAACAUCUCAAGAAUCACCAGAGACAGUUUUACAGUCACCCACAAAGCAAAGGAAAAAUCCAUUCAACAGUGAUGUCAUUGCAAAUCACGCUUUUGAAGAAAAGGACAGUCAGUUAUUGGACGGAGCAGUGGAUCAAACCCAGACACUGAAUGAGGAGCCUUUACCAUCAUCUGAUAGCUGCAUUUCUUAUGCUAGUAAUAUUAAACAAGACGUCAAUGACAGCCCGAAUGCAUCUGUUCCCAUGCCAAUGCCCAAAAACAAAGAAGUAAUCACCAGUUCUCAGGGCUGUUUUGUCGAGGAAGAUGGGCAAGGUGAUCAGCAAACUAACACUGCUGCUCCGAGGGGCAUCCUCAAGCGCUUGUUCACGUCUAGCUCCACAGACUCUCUGUUCUCUCACCUGGGCCUGCUAGUUAGCCUGGACUCUCUCCCUGAUGCCUGGAUAGACAGGAAGCAGGUGAGGUUCAGCUCCACGGUCGGUUGGAGCGGAGUGGAGUGGCAAGAUGGAAAGGAGCUGGGAGAGCACAGUUUGCUGGAUGUCGACUCCAUCACUCCCUCUGAGCUGGAAAAUAAUAGUGACAUUGACAAUACUGGCAGUACCACUGUUGGCCCACUUAUGCCUUUACUCAAACAGAGUCAAGCAGAUUCACCAAAGGGUGAACUUAAUUGCAAAGAUGAGGAAAGCCUCCAAGAGCAAGAAGCUGGCCAACACCCAUUCCUUGGUGAUGUCUCUGAGCACUGUCAUUCAGAGGUCCUUAGUCAUGCAGUGCCACAACUCGUUUAUGCUGAGCAGGAGUCAGUAAAGCCAGUUCAACUGGAGACAGAACCUGAAGAGGAACAGCACUCUCAGGCUAAGGCCCCCGACUUGCCAACUGGACACAACAUUCAUCCCCAAAAGCUGCCUGUACAAAGAACUGACAUUUCUGUUGAUGUCACCUCAGAUAACAAGCCGUCUAAUGGCAGCUCAAAGGGUUCAGCUCAUGCUUUUUCACCAAAGCCUAGACACAUUUUUGAGAAAGAGCAAACUGCUGAAGUACAGAGACAACAAAAAGAAGAUACCAAAAAGGUACCAGAGCAGAAAGAACCAGGCAACACCCAGAAUCUCUCUCAAUUUGCUGCAAAUACGACCGUGGAAGAACAUGCAAGUAUCAACCAGGAAGCUAAACCCUCUGAGAUGACAGAAGUCAGACCACUACCACUUACAGCACUGCAGAACACUCCGUUUAAAGAAACAAUGACCUCAGUAGACAGAGCCCCUCAGCAGGAGGCAACAGAAGGCAGAGUUGUUCAGCUUCCAGAGAGACUAUCCAAUUUGAGACAAAACAGUGGUCCCAAAAUAAUAUUUACCAGAGAAGAGACAAGGAGCAAAGAUGUCACUAAAAGAGGAAUAGAAGCUUCCCUUGGCUGUCAGACUAUCUCUGAUGUGAAGAGCAUUAACAGUCUCUCACCUCAAAUGGAAAUGACAGUUGAGGAUACUGUCGGCGGGCUCCAAGAAAAGAGUUUGUCACCAAAGACUGACUACAGCUUCUUAAUAGAUUUAUCUAAAGAAGAUGGAACAUAUAGAGCUAACCCAGUCCUCAUCUAUGAAGAAACAGAUGACUCUAUAACAGGUUCAGUGACAGAGUCACAGAUUUCUGAGCCACAGGAAAACAUCAUGGCUCCUGUACUUUCCUCUGUAGCCUUCAAUAGCCAAAAGCAAGAGAGUGAUAUUCCAGUUCCCCCUCAAAAACAUUCCAAUGCAAGUCCUCAAGAGGAUAGGUCAGCCAAGAUCAGUGAGGUUAUGCUAUUCUGGGAGAAGGAAUAUACAGGACCCAGAGUAAUAGCUGCAAGAAUCAAGGAAGCCUCACACAGUUCAACACUCAGUAACAAAGUGGUUUCCUCACAGGCGGAUCUGAGAACAUCCAUAGAUAACAAGGAGAAGUCUGAGGGAGAGGCACAAGAGUCUUUAUACAAAAGCAAGUCUAAUGUUGUUUUGAAAUCAUUAAAAGUGACAGACAAGGGUUUUGUCGGUCAGAGUCCAGACAAGUCACAGUUGAGGAGUCUUGGUAGUACUGAGGAUGUCCAGUCAACAUGUCACCAAUCUCAAGUCAAGGCUAAUAUAGAGCAUCAAGAAAGACCCCUCAUUCCUAGUAAAUCCAAAACUCCAAGAUCAAAAGAUCUGGAAGAAGAAGUCAGGAGGAGUCCAUCAAAGACCUUCCAUCCAAGGGUCCUACCUAGAGAAUCAUCCAGUCCUCAGAAAUCCAAGCUGGAGGGCUCUACCUUGAAAGCUUUUUCAAUAGACAUUGACCCUCAAACUAAGGUGGCUGAAAAACCGAAGAAGAGUCCCUCACACAAAGCUAAGCAGACAGUGCAGACAGACACUACUAGCACAGACAUCACCUCUCGUCCUCUCCCUUUACUUCCAGAUGACAGAGCGGCUUAUUUUGGCAAUGUGAAUACAGAACAAAGUAGUUUAAGAUCCUUUACUUUAAAGCAGUCCAAAAAAACUUCAGAGAAGAAGUUGGGAACCUUUGCACGCCUUGCCAGAUCUCUCAUCCCUCAGGAUUAUCAGCACUACCUCGGGCCACAGGAGAAGGCCCAUGUCCCUCCUUUUCACCAAGACAGAGCUGUUACGGCCGAAAAGGAAGUGGAGCACACGCCAGAAAAUGCCCUCAGAGACUUUGUGGGAAACCAGAGAGACAGUCCCACUGUGGGGAAUCCUCCCGGAGUCACUUCUUUGAUUGUGCAAAAUAAAGACGGAUACUCCAGCCAAAAGACAACAACCAAGGCAUGGUCUCUGUCUCGGGCAAGUUCAGGCAGUCAUGAUGACAGUUCUAGUCCCAUCAUUUCAGCCCUUAAACGAUUAUCUUCAAGGAACAUGUCCUCAUCCAAAAGUCUGGAAAACCUCACCUCACAAACAAGAGAAGCGAGGAGCCAAAAUAACUCAAGAGAACAUACAAAUCAAAGUGUGGAUAAUGUUUCUUUGCUUCCACCAUCAGCCUCUACUCUCCUCAACUCAAAGCAGAUGAAAAGCAGUGUGUCAGUGACUGUUCUUCAGCAGGACGAGACAGACAGUGACAACACUUUUGAGACCAUCUUGGGGUGGAGAAGAAACUCGGGCAGCUCCACAUCUAACUUAAGUCUCUCCUCAGGAAUGGCCUCCAUGUCUUCUGUCAGCGGCAGCAUGAGCAGCAUUCAACCUGCAGAUUUAGGUGACGUUGCGGUCCAGGGAAGUCUCCAGUUUGCUGUGAACUACAUACAGAAGCUUGGAGAGUUUCACAUAUUUGUGGUGCACUGCAGGGAUUUGGCCAUGGCCGAAACAAAGAAGAACUGCACUGACCCGUAUGUGAAAUGUUACCUUCUUCCUGACAAAACCAAGUUGGGAAAGAGAAAAACCAUUGUAAAAAAGAAGACUUUAAACCCAACCUACAAUGAAAUCCUCUGCUUUAAAAUCACAAUGGAAGUGUUGAAAACUCAGAAUCUGAACAUCUCUGUGUGGCACAAUAACACUUUUGGGUGGAACAGUUUCCUGGGCGAGGUGAACCUGGAUUUAUCAGAGUGGGACUUCAGCAACACUCACAUAAAUGACUUCCCACUAAAGGCCAGGGUUUCUGCACAAAGUCCAGCGCCGUCUCCCCUGCUAGUGAUGCACAGCAGAGGACAGAUGAGAGUCGCUCUAAGAUUCCUGCCGCAGACGUCCCACAGUAAGAGGACAUCUAGGUUAGAGACUGGUGAGGUGCAAAUCUGGGUGAAAGACUGCAAGAAUCUUCCUCCUAUCAGAGGAGUUAUUAUUGACCCAUUUGUGAAAUGCACUGUGCUUCCUGACACAAGCCGGAGAAGCCGACAGAAGACGCGGGUGGUGAAGAGGACCGCCAACCCCAUGUUUAACCACACCAUGGUUUACGACGGCUUUCGACCAGAGGACCUUAGAGAGGCUUGUGUGGAGAUCACAGUGUGGGAUCACGACCGACUCAACAACCACUACAUUGGUGGUUUGAGGCUUGGGUUAGGGACAGGGAAGAGUUACGGGUUGGACGUGGUUUGGAUGGAUUCAAUGACAGAUGAAGCAAACUUAUGGCAAAGGAUGUUACAGUCGGAUGGUGAAUGGGUGGAGGAUGUUUUACCUCUGAGAAUGUUGGUCAUGGCAAAAAGCAUGUCAAAAUGAGAUUGUAUAAAAUGUGUGGAAACUUUAUGGGAGCAUACUGUAUGCCCAUUUGGAUGGAUCUAUAAAAUAUACACUGAGUGGAAGUAGCAGUCUUAAUGAGCAAUGUGUAUGUAUCUGUACUAUAAAUAGAUAUGAAAGGUACUUUAGUUUGUAUAGUAAAAAGCAUGUUAAAUCUGUAUUCUAAAAAAGUUAAUUUCUUAUAAUAUAUAUGAUACAUAAUAGGGCCAAGAAUACAAUCUAAAUUACAAUUUUUUUUUUUCGAUUUGAGCACUAAUGAUUUGUACAUAGUCUUAAUGUUCUAUUAAGUAAUUACUGCAUCUAAGAAUUCGCUUUAAUAAACAGUUUAUUCUUGUGA